GCUCCCCAAAGUGGUAAAUGCAGGUACGUAAUUUCGCAGCGCUUCAUCUCGACGCCUACACUAUUCUUGCGCUCAUCCAGAGACUACAUUAUGACAAGCAUAGACGAGCUAUUCAAGGUGAGUUAUUGAAUCAAUUCAACUGCUCGUCAUUUGGACAGAGAUCAUUGAUUCAAAAACAGGCGUCCGGCGUGGGCAGCAAACGCAAGCUUGAUCCUCUUCGAGAUCCUAACGAGAUUCAUAAGUCUCCACGACUCAACGGUAGAAGUAGCCGACACGCUCGCGUCGACGACGAACAGUUCACAGAUGACAACCUCGAGGCUAGGUCCGCCGGGCCGUCGCGCGAAGACGAGGAGGAAGGCGAUUAUGGCCCAGAAAUGCCGCCAGAUGACGACGAGGAAGGUGGACGCUUUUUUGGCGGCGGCGUGACGGACCAGGAGGCCCAGGUACUCGACUACCUCGAUGACACUACGACCGACCUCGCUCCUGAGAAAAUGGACGUGGCAUGGCUACGGCGCACCGCCCUGAGUUUCGAGAAGAAGAUUUCCCAUAACGCCGAGCAGCGCGCCAAAUUCGAGGAUGACCCCUCCAAAUUCAUCGCCAGCGAGGCUGAGCUCGACACCGAGAUCAAGUCACUUUCGAUCCUGUCCGAACACCCAGAAUUGUACCCGGAAUUUGCGCGCCUCGGAUGUGUAGGGAGCUUAGUUGGACUAUUAGCACAUGAGAAUACCGAUAUUGCUAUCGACGCCGUUGAAAUCAUUGGCGAAUUAACCGGCGAAGACGUUGCCGCUGAUGAAACACAAUAUGAUGCGCUUGUAGAGGCGCUGCUAGAAGCCGAUCUACUGUCACUACUCGUGUCGAAUCUCGAGCGCCUGGACGAGACGCAAGAGACGGACCGUGAUGGUGUAUAUCAUGCUUUAGGCAUAGCAGAAAAUCUUUGCGGGCGAACCAUCACAGCAGAGCGCGUCGCCGGAGAGGAAGGCUUGCUCAAGUGGUUAUUACGGCGCAUUCAGCUGAAAAAAGGGGGGGGCGUAAGCCAGAAUAAACAGUACGCAGCCGAGAUACUAGCAAUCCUGGUGCAAAACUCGGCUAAGAAUAGGCGGAAACUCGCUGCUAUGGAUGCCACGGAUAUUAUGCUACAGCUGGUGGCCCCAUAUCGAAAACUAGACCCCGAGAAGGGCAGCGAGGAAGAAGAGUAUGUUGAAAACCUCUUUGAGGCACUGACUUGCAUGGUCGACGAACCAGAAGGGAAGAAUAAGUUUGUCGAAGCUGAGGGUGUCGAGCUGUGCCUUAUCAUGCUCAAGGAAGGCAAAUUGAGCAAGGACGCAUCACUUAGGCUGCUUGAUCACGCGUCGAGCGGCACGUCUGGUGUCAAGGUUUGUCAGAAGAUCGUCGAAGCUGGGGGCCUCAAGAACAUAUUCACGCUGUUCAUGAAAAAGAGUACCGAUCAUCGCGUGGCAGAGCAUCUGAUCGGCACUUUUGCGUCGAUGUUACGUUUGUUACCAGCAGACUCAGCCGAACGUAUACGCUUACUGGCUAAAUUUGUAGAGAAAGACUACGAGAAGACUGAAAAGCUCGUAAAGCUGCGCCAACAAUGUGCCGCCCGUGUAGGUGCUGCAGAUGAGGCUAUUCAGGCCCAGCAGUCUCAAAUGUCGGCGGAAGAAAGACAAGAUAUGGCGGAUGAGUGGUUCUCCCGCCGAUUAGAUGCCGGUCUCUUCUCCUUACAAACACUUGAUGUGGUGCUGGCUUGGCUCGUAGCCGAGGACAGCGGUGCCAAGAAAACAAUACAGAAGCUAUUGGCGGAUCGAGACGAAUCACUAACCGUGGUUAAAGAUAGCAUUCAGGAGCAAAUUGAGGGCAUAGACACCGAAGAUGCGGAUGGCAAGGACACAAGAGAGAUGCUCUCUACACUAGUUGAGUUCCUACAGUGAGGGUGAGCUUGAUAGGAAUAACGACAGAUAAUCAA